AUGUCAGUUGGUAGUAACCCAAUGAAUCCAGAACCAUUGAACAGUGAGUUUCCCUCACAACCAUCGCAGGAUUUGGCUAUUGACUUCUUAGGACCAUUGCCAUCAGGGGAUAGUUUAUUAGUACUUGUGGACUGCUAUUCGAGAUGGAUGGAUGUGACCAUCAUGAAAUCGACGACAACAGACAAAGUGAUUCAAAGUUUGAAAAGCACUUUUGCUACACAUGGUGUUCCAUUAUCUAUUAGGACCUAUAAUGGACCUCGAUUUGUUAGUGGAGAAUUCAAGGAGUUUUUGCAAGAGUACGGAAUUUCUCACCGAAAGACAACACCAUUAUGGCCUCAAGCCGAUGGGAAAUAG